ACGAGGCAGUUCCAUAAACCACAAAUAUUUUCUAAGUGUUGUUAGCGAUGUUGGUUCAAGAAGUUUUGUGGAGAUAAACACGGUUUCACAUCUUAUUCUACAUAACAUCAGAUCAACUACCUCCGUGUGUGGAGCAGCGGACUUGUUUUAGAAAACUUUGGAUGGGAUCCUUUGGUCCGUUGGGAACAUGGAUCUCGGACUUUCGCAUAGUUCUGGCUGUAACGUUACUGACACGCGGCAGCUUGAGCAACUGAGCGUGAUGGUGAAAGAAGAAGAUAUAAAAGAGGAGGAAUAUGGUCAUAUGAUUUCAUGUCCAGAUGAAGAUGAAAAGCCCUUUGCAGAGCUUCACUGUAAAACUGAAACGGACGUCACAGAGUCCAACGUUACUUACAAUGAAACACAACAGACAACCGCGGAGAUUGAAGUGAAGAUUGAAGAUGAUGAACAAGAACACGAUUAUCUGCUGGGAAGUGUGUCUGAAGACCCAGAUGUAGCGCAACAGAAGAUCCAUGGACAGCACGAUGAACUUGACCUGCAACUCGAUGGAACGCUGCACCACUGCACCAUCUGCAGGAAGAGUUUCACGACCCUGAGAGAACUUGAGAAACAUCAGCAAACACACUCUGUUGGUGUGAAUAAAAAGUAUAACCCUGGUAGCAAAAGGCGACAUGAAUGUGCCCAGUGUGGAAAAGCAUUCUCAAAAGUUUCAACUCUUAAAACCCACAUUUUAACUCACACAGGAAAGAAGCGUCAUAAAUGCAUCCAGUGUGAAAAAUCGUAUUCCUGUGCUUGGCGUCUUAAAACCCACAUGCUAAUACACACUGGUGAGGAGCCUCAUAAAUGUGACCAAUGUGGAAAAGCGUUUACAACACUCACAGAUCUUAGAGUGCACAUGCUCACACACUCUGGAGAAAAGCCUCAUAAAUGUGACCAAUGUGGACGAAGUUUUUCAAAGAGAUCAAGUCUUAAAGCCCAUAUGAUGACGCACACUGGAGAGACGCCUUAUAAAUGUGUCCAAUGUGGAAAAGGUUUUACACUAUCCACAAAUCUUAAACAGCACAUGCUCACUCACUCUGGAAUAAAGUCUCAUAAAUGUGACCAAUGUGGAAAAAGUUUUACAUUCCGAUCAAAUCUUAAUGUCCAUAUGAAGACGCACACUGGAGAGAAGCUUCAUAUACGUGGUCAUUGUGGAAAAGGUUUUACAACAUCCACAGAACGUAGACUGCACAUGCUCACACACUCUGAAGAAAAGCCUCAUAAAUGUGACCAAUGUGGAAGAAGUUUUUCAGUCAGAUCAAAUCUUAAAGCCCAUAUGAUGACACACACUGGAGAAAAGCCUCAUAAAUGUGACCAAUGUGGAAGAAGUUUUUCAAAGAGCUCAAAUCUUAAUAUCCAUAUGAAGACGCACACUGGAGAGAAGCCUCACAUAUGUGCCCAGUGUGGAAAAGGUUUUGCACUAAUUCCAUAUCUCAAAACCCAUAUGCUAGUACACACUGGAGAGAAACCCCAUGUAUGUGUCCAGUGUGGAAAAGCGUUUUCACAAAAUGCACAUCUUAAAACCCACAUGCUAAAACACUGGUGAGAAGCCUUAUAAAUGUGCCCAGUGUGAAAAUGCCUUUAGAACAGCCGCACAACUGAAACAUCACCUGCGUAUACACACUGGAGAGAGUGUCGUCAUCGUCUU